AUGGUGCCUAUUUCUGGUGGUGCACCAGUGGAGGACGAUAAGAUGAACCGCGGUGACCGCGCUUUCUCGCACGCGGAGUUUGGCGGGAAAACUUCCCGCCCAAAAAAUAACAAAAUAUUUUCGGACGCUAAUAAGUUGGCGAGCGGUGGCGGCGGUGGUCGUGGUUUGUUCUGCUACCACUGUCCGCCGAGCCUGCCGCCCCAUCAGCACAGACUACCCACGCUGGAGUACCCCUUCACAGCCUCACACCCGUAUACGAGCUACUCAUAUCAUCCGGCUAUACACGAUGAUACAUUCGUACGGCGAAAACAGCGUCGUAACCGGACAACGUUCACACUGCAACAGCUGGAGGAGUUGGAGACGGCGUUUGCGCAGACGCAUUACCCAGACGUGUUCACACGAGAGGAUCUGGCGCUCAAGAUUAACCUAACUGAAGCUAGGGUGCAAGUCUGGUUCCAAAACCGGAGGGCGAAAUGGCGGAAAGCGGAGAGGUUGAAAGAAGAGCAACGCAAGCGAGAGGGUGCCGACGUGCUCACCAAGAGGGAUCCCUCUGAUGACAAGGGCUCCUCAGAGUGCGGUAUGUCAAGAGGUUCAGGGGAGGCGUCGCCAGUGUCAGGGGUUGUGUCGCCGCGUGCCUCUCCCCCGGUGACACCUGCCUCACCUCGACGGUCGCCCCUUCGAUCACCGCGCCGAUCACCAAACAGAUCACCAAGGCCUGAAAGGUCAGAGACGAGUUGUCCUUCUCCAGCACCAUCGGUGGGAAGUGCAGGUUCCAGGGAUGCGCCGCCCGAGCAUCGGCCUCCGCACCACAUAUUCUCACCUUUUGACCACACUGGUGCGUUCCGAUCGUCGUCCGGGGGCGCGACGGAGCCGCCGCCCGCGCCCCCGCCCCCGCUGUUCCUGCCGCCGCACUUGUCGCAUCUGUCGCAACACCUCAACCACUUGUCGCAACCAUUCUUCCCAUUAAAAGGUUGGGGUGCCCCAUGCCCGUGUUGCCCAAAAGAAGAGGCCCGCUCAUCAAGCGUCGCAGAACUGAGACGCAAGGCACAUGAACACUCCGCCGCGUUAUUGCAUUCGCUGGCCAGCUUUCAGUCACGUGCGUUAUUACCACUACCGUUGCACCUACCGCCGCUACCGUUGUCGCUGUUGCCACCGGACACUUCACAGCAGCAGGCCGCACCAGAUCCUCCUAAGCACUUAGAGUGAUUUUUUAAAUAAUUUAUGCAACUACGCCAAGGAAGUAUAAGCAUACAGCCAAGUUUGGUAUACCAAUGUUCAACUGCAAUGUUCGCACAGCUAGAAGUGUUUAUUUUAUAAAAACUAGGCACAUAAACUAUGAAUAUACAGCCAUGUUUAAAAUAUCAUUAAAUAAUUGAAAUGUUCACGUAGUUUAAGCAACUUGAGAUAUAUCAUGUUUAGAAUGAAAUAUGCAUAAGCUUGUUUAACUAACGAUAGUUUCUUCUUCUAUAUGAUUCAACCCAAACAUACCCGUAAUAAAAAUUUUGUCGUCUCCUGAAAUUAUAAUUUUUUUCAUUAUAAUUAAACUUAUAAUUACAUCAACAACAAGUUUUCACAACUGUCAAUAUUUUUAUAAACAAUAAAAUAACUGAAAUUUACUCUAUAUCGUCAAGAAUUCCUUCAAGUGAAUUAUUUGAUACGUCUGAAACAAUAA